CUCCCAAGAUCAGCUCCUGCAGAAGUGAUUCACCUGCGCACAGAGCAGCUGCCUGCUCCCCAGCCCAGCGCACACAGCUCUUCAUGAAGAAGUUCCUGAUCGUCUUAGCUGCACUUUCCGGGGUUGGCAUUGUGACUACACAGAGGUCAUCAUGUCUGAAACGCGUAGCAUUUUCUUCUACAAACUUUGAGAACAUCCUGACAUGGGAAACGGAAGCAGACAUUCCCCCUGGCACCACAUUUGAUGUCCAGUAUAAGCAGUAUGGAGAAAAAUCCUGGCUGAGCAAGCCCGAGUGCCAGAGCAUCACUCAGCCCUUCUGCAACCUCACUCGCGAAACAGAAAACUUCACAGAGCACUACUAUGCCAGGGUGAGGGCCAGUGCCCAGAGCCACUGCUCCUCCAACUGGGUACGCUCAGAAAGAUUUGAACCCAGGAAAGAGACUGUUAUUGGAGCACCAACAGUGGAGUCCAUUCCUUAUGUACGCUCCAUAAAGCUCCUUAUCCGGCCCCCCUACACUCCGCUGAGAGACGAGGAUGAGCGCCAGCUAACCGUAGAGGAUGUCUGCAGCAAAUUUGGUGCUGUGGAAUAUCACUUAACAAUAUUCAACCAAAGGACACACCAAAAGUGGACAAAGAAUGAGCACAACAAAGAGUUUGAAGUUUCCAACUUGGACCCAGACACCGACUAUAAUGGAACAGUGUAUUUAUCUCUCCUCCAGAGAAGCAGCAAAUCUCAAGUGUUUCGGGUUAAAACACUAGCAGACCACACGUGGCUCCUGUACUGCUCCGUGGCACUCGCCCUCUGCGCUGGACUAGUGUUUGCUGCCGUUAGCCUUGGGAUCUACAAGUACGUCAAGCAGCAGAGCGCACAGCCCAUGUCCCUGGACUUCAGAGGGAUUUCGUCGUUCCAGCCUCUUACGCUGACAGUGGAGCACAUUAUAAAGCCCAUUAAUUUAUCCAAACCUUCACUUCUGAUCUCUGAGGCGCAGCUACCACAGAUCAGCCAACGUCUGGACACGGCACCGGAGCCACCAUGGUCUUCCCAUCCACCAGAGACUCCGUAUCGGCAGCAGUCGGAUGUGCCCACGCUCCAGCUGCCCGCGCAGCCGCCCUGUGUGGCCACUGCAGCUCCCACGGGUUACACUCCUCGUGGGGACCAGCAGAGCGUUCCCACUGCCACAUCCAGCAAAGGCCUGCCCCUCACCUAUGGGGUGUGUGUCGACAGCACAGACCGUGCGGACGAGGAGAAUGUGCAGCCAAAGCAAAUCCCUGGGGAUUGUUCUGCCGGUGGGAAGCUCAUAACACAGGUGCUGGGCAAGAGCCAUGACCAUUGGAAUUACAAAGCACAGGGACCAAACCUGGCACUGUGGGACAGCAGUGACACAGGGGGGACAGUUCUCUUAGAAGGGAGCCCUGAGCAAACACAGCAGCUGCUGCUGCAGACUGACAGGGUGGGAAGGCAAGUGCCUGUAUCCCGGCUGCCCCUGCCUUUGCUGGAACAAGGAGGAUGCUACAGAAAACAGACAGCAGAAGUGCCUGCAGUGACAGCUGACACAGACUGUGCUCCGGAGGACAAGCUGCUGUCACCUCUGUCAGCAGCUCUCCUUUUCUCAGCCGGUGCUGGCAGCAGCUUCCCUGGAGAGAGCACCCCUGAGCGCUGGGUGUUGCCAGGUCCAUUCUCACAUCCUGCAGGGACUCAAGGAAUGGAAACAUUACCAGCAAUAAAGGAGCUCAGCUGCACAACACUGGGUAACGCUGUGUCCCAAGACACUGCUGCAGGCUGGGACAGCAGCACUCCUCUCACUACGCUCUUCAAAGACCUGGACUUAAAAGUACUGUGGGAUCAGGAUGAAAGCACGGAGUUUUAUUAGGCUGCCUUAAUGAUACUGAAUUCCAGAUUACUUUGCUUCUGUGGAAUGGCAGCCCACCCUGCAAGCCAUGCAAUGCACAGAGACAGAGCUCACCUUGGCUGUGUUACUGGCCCAGAGCUGUCAGACUGUUCCCCCU